AUGGCGGUUACACCUGCAAGCAAGACGAUAUACCUCCAUGGAGACCUGGACCUCAAAAUCGUGGAAGCUCGAUCGCUACCAAACAUGGAUUUGGUCUCCGAACGCCUCCGCCGCGUCUUCACCGCCUUCGAUUUCUGUCGGAGCUCCUGGGCGUCCAAGCGCCGCCGCAAGGACCACCACCACCACCACCACAACAACAUCAUCACCAGCGAUCCGUACGUCACCGUCAUCGUCGGCGGCGCCAGAGUCGCGCGGACGCGCGUCAUUUCCAAUUCUCAGAAUCCUGUCUGGAACGAAACUUUCAGAAUUCCGUUAGCUCAUCCCGUCGCUCAGGUAGAGUUCGAGGUGAAAGACAACGACGUGUUCGGCGCCGACCACAUCGGCAUCGCAACGGUUCCGGCGAAGAGGAUCGCCACUGGCGAGACGAUCAACGAGUGGUUUCCGGUGGUCGGGCCGUCGGGGAAGCCGCACAAGCCGGAUUCCGCGCUCCUAGUGCGAAUUUCCUUCACGCCUUGCCGCAGCAAUCCGCUCUACCGCAACGGCAUAUCGGAGAACUACGCGUUGACGGAGAGUUACUUCCCGAUGCGGCACGGCAGCAAGGUUACGCUGUAUCAGGACGCGCACGUCCACGACGGAAUGCUGCCGGAUAUCAAUCUAGGCGACGCCGCCGGAAACUUCGAGCACGAGAAGUGCUGGGAAGACAUUUGCCACGCUAUACUCGAGGCGCACCAUUUGGUGUACGUCGUCGGAUGGUCGAUUUACCACAAGGUGAAGCUUGUAAGGGAGCCGUCGCGACCAUUGCCGUCCGGUGGAGACCUCACUUUAGGAGACUUACUCAAGUACAAAUCUCAGGAAGGGGUUAGAGUUCUUCUCCUUGUUUGGGAUGACAAGACUUCCCACAGCAAGUUUUUCAUCAACACGACAGGGGUGAUGAAUACUCACGACGAGGAAACCAGGAAGUUCUUCAAGCAUUCGUCGGUGCAUUGCGUGUUGUCGCCGCGCUACGCAAGCAGUAAACUCAGCAUUUUCAAGCAACAGGUUGUCGGAACUCUGUAUACUCACCAUCAGAAAUGUGUCAUUGUGGACACACAAGGGCAAGGCAAUAACAGGAAGAUUUCGGCAUUCAUCGGGGGUCUUGAUCUCUGCGACGGACGCUACGACACACCCGAGCAUAGACUGUUCCGGGAUAGCGACACUGUCUUUGAAGGAGAUUAUCACAACCCAACAUUUGCUCCGGGAGUAAAGGGCCCUCGGCAGCCAUGGCAUGAUCUGCACUGCAAGAUCGAAGGUCCAGCAGCUUACGACGUUCUUACCAACUUCGAGCAACGUUGGAAGAAAGCCACGAGAUGGUCGGAGAUUGGCCAGAGGUUUAAGAGAAUAUCACGGUGGCAUGACGAUGCUCUUUUGAAGAUCGACCGCAUCUCAUGGAUAAGUAGCCCUACCUCUGCGGCUCCAAACGAUCAUCCCUCUUUGUGGGUUUCGCAGGAAGACGAUCCCGAGAAUUGGCAUGUUCAGAUCUUCCGAUCCAUCGACUCCGGAUCGCUGAAAGGGUUUCCCAAACACCUGGAUCACAACAAGCAUAAGGGGCUCGUGUGUGCAAAACAUUUGGUGAUAGAUCGAAGCAUUCAAAUGGCUUACAUCCAAGCAAUUAGAUCUGCUCAGCGCUUCAUAUACAUCGAGAACCAAUAUUUCCUCGGUUCAUCGUAUGCCUGGCCAUCCUAUAAACACGCAGGUGCUGACAAUCUAAUCCCGAUGGAACUUGCACUAAAAAUUGUGAGUAAAAUUAGGGCAAAAGAGAGGUUCACUGUUUACGUAGUGAUCCCAAUGUGGCCCGAGGGUGUUCCAAGCUCCGCCACAGUACAAGAAAUCCUUUAUUGGCAGGGACAAACAAUGCAAAUGAUGUACGAUGUUAUUGCUCGGGAGAUCAAGUCUGCGGGGCUUGAGAAUGUGCAUCCAACAGACUAUCUCAACUUCUAUUGCCUCGGCAACCGAGAGGAGUGUCAUGAGCCAUCCGCACCCAAGGAGCAAUCCGCAGGGAGUGCUAAUCAGGUAUCCCCUUCACAGAAAAAUGGAAGGUUUAUGAUAUACGUACACGCAAAGGGAAUGGUAGUAGAUGAUGAGUAUGUCCUACUCGGCUCAGCCAACAUCAACCAGAGGUCCAUGGCUGGUUCGAGAGAUACAGAGAUUGCAAUGGGCGGUUACCAGCCGCAUCACACCUGGGCUCACAAGAAGGAACAUCCUCAUGGCCAGAUAUACGGAUACAGAAUGUCGCUUUGGGCAGAGCACUUGGGAAAGGUCGAAAAAUGCUUCAAUGAUCCCGAAAGUCUGGAGUGUGUGAAGCAUGUGAACUCCAUUGCCGAAGGCAACUGGAAGAGAUACACAGCUGAGAAUUUCACUCCACUAGAGGGUCAUCUUAUAAAGUACCCGGUGGGCAUAGAUUCUAACGGAAAAGUUAAACCUUUGCGCGGAUAUGAAACCUUUCCAGAUGUCGGUGGGAAGGUGCUGGGGGCUCCCACCAACCUCCCGGACGCUUUGACUACAUAGACUCUGCGCUAUAUUCUACAAUUGAUAUGUUUUUGUAGAGAUCUGGUGCUCGAGAGAGACUUGGGGAAUAGACAGACAUACAAAUACAAGUCUCACAUAAAUGUAAAAUGCAAGUAGUAAUCUUUUUGAAAGGAAUGUACUUGCCUCGUAACUUUAGCUAGCGAAACAGGCAGAUAACCGCAGUUGAGGAAGAUAACCAUAGUUGUAUAUCUCUUUCGACAGCAGUUUAAUAGAUAAUUCUGCUGCCUACAUAACAUUAGUUAUAGAAUACGAUAAAGAAGCCAAUAAUACGCGAAAAAGAAAGUAGGGCGACGCUAAUACCUUGAAGACACAUUGAACAAUUCUGCAUUUCCAUGUUUUCACAACAAACAAGAAUCCUCUUAGAUUAUGAACAAACAUCAGCGUAAACUACAAAACAUUUCCACC